GUGUUUGACUUUCACCUCGUCAGAGUCAGCGGUGAUCUCCUCUCUAGUUCACAGCCUUUUAUAGUUUCGUCACUUUUCCUUCACUGGUUUUCAGCUCCAAGAGGUGAUCAGCGAAGGGAGAGCAGACACAUUGUUAGACCGAGGGACAAACGGAAAAUUAAUCUGCCAGGAUGUGCUGUACUGGAAAGUGUGCCCGCCUGGUGGGCCUGAUAUUGCUCCCGUCGGCCUUCAUCUGCAUGAUCUCCAAUCUGCUGCUCUUCUUCCCUGAUGGCCAGAGACUGCAGAGUGGCAAUAUCUCCCUGCAGGUCUGGCUCUUGGGGGGGUUACUCGGGGGAGGCCUCUUUAUGCUGUGCCCGAGCUUUUCGGCAAUCAGGGCAGGGGGCAAGGGUUGCUGUGGACAAGGCUGCUGUGGCAAUCGCUGCAGGAUGAUAAACUCAGUCUUCUGCUCUGCCCUCGGUCUUGCUGGGUCGAUCUACUGCAUCUGUGUGGCCUCUGCCGGGUUGGCAGUUGGACCUAAGUGCCAGGUUAAUGGAGAAUGGAAAUACCCCUUUGAGGACACGAGCACGUAUAACGGCAGCUACCUUGUAAACCAGACCCUGUGGUCAAUCUGCAAUUACCCUAAAGAUAUGGUACUGUGGCACAUCGUGUUGUUCUCCAUACUGCUGGGAAUGGGCUUGCUGCAGGUUGUGCUCUGUGCCAUCCAGGUGAUCAACGGCCUCAUGGGAUGCAUCUGCGGUGACUGUCGAAGCAGCAAUGAUAGUGACAGCGGACUGUGAAGGCGAGGAAGCCAACCCUGCAGAAACCGUCCGUCACCAAAAAAUUGCUUUUUAUUUGUUUCAUUCUGCAAAAAUGUCCACCCUUUACUCCAUUUUGUAAGUUUUUAUUUUUUUCAUGUGCAUCGCCUGCUGUGUUUUACGGGCAGACAAUUAUUGAACCUAAUAAAGACUCCACAUGUUAGAAUGAAA